GGUCUCCAAGGCGUCUGUGAUCCGAGUCACAUUCGUACGUUGUGUGAACUUAUGGCGCUCGUGAUAUGAACUAGUCAACAGGAUAUGCCUUGGAGUCUCAAUACUGGUUUGUCACUUGUAAUCGAUGCAUUGCGAACGCUACCCGAAACACGAGCUGAAUCGGGUCAAGCUCCUGAAAGAACUGAGAGAGGUUGUUGUCCAUGUGAGUGCAGAGAUUAUCACUUCGGAUGCUUCUUUGUCGCCCUUUGGUGCGGACGAGCUUUCCAAAAUCCUGGAGCUGGUAAACCAUCUUCAAGAGAACGUUCAGGAAACCGACUUCCCUCAUUCCACUUGUGUCAUUGCCAGAUUCAUGCAUUACUUCUGCAAAUCUAAAUAUUACAACUUCUGCGGUCUACCUUGCGCUCGUCUCGAUGCCGACAAAUCUGUAUACGACGAGAUUGCUAGCUUUCAUCCACUGAUCAGUAGUCUUUCUUUGGCCCUUGACGCCGUACUUUUUUGGGCACCACAAGCACACUUGCAUGAUCUUCGAAGGGUGUGGGUAGAUAGGUGUAUUAACUCGCCGCGGUGGAAAGAUUACAAUGCAAAGCUCAUGGCAGAGUGGACCGGAAUCACCAUCUACUCCACCGUCAUGUUAGCUGUAGAUUUGAGUUUUCUUGCAGUACCGAAUGUGAACAUUUCCACGUCAGAGUCGGUCGGGAUCAUUACUAUAUAUCUCUCGAUCAUCUCGAUCACCGGCUCCUUGGUCGUCUCAGUCCUGCUGGUCCGUCAAAACCAAAGAUAUGGUUGUGAAUCAGCGGACAAAGCAGGUGACUUCCUGUACAAUAUGACUGACACGCUUUUUGGGGAUAAAGGCCUUGCGACGAUCAAUAGUCUCCCUUACGCGAUGCUCAUGUGGGGGAUGAUUUACUUCUCAAUCGCCCUGCUGUACAACGCGUUCAAGUCUACGACAACGGCCCUGUUGGCAUCAGUCAUCAGUGUAUGCGUGGUUGUUACCAUGUUUAUACUGUGGUUCAUCUGGGCAGCGAGGGAGCUACGUAUCUUCAAGCGAUUGAUUGAGCUCAUUUUAUCUACUAGGAGGCGCAUCUUAGCACACAUUGGGGUUCCUUUAUGAGACGACAAGACAACUUUGAUUUUUCUGUACACAACAAUCUGACUCAUCCGAUACCCCAAUAGCCCACGGAUUAUUAUACGCUGAUGUAGCCAAGAAAUACUGUAUAAUGAUAAAAGUGAUGGAGAACGAAAAAAAAAUAUGUAGAUGAGAUAAAAAUCGUAAACGCGAAGAACGCGGGAGCCAAGACGUUGCUCUAAAAUUUGGUUGUUUGUGUAUUGGAAAGGCGUGCAACAAACUUCGAGUAUGCCUGUUUUAUAAUAGUGAAUUCAUGUUCGUAGCAUGAAAUAUCUAGGAAUCGCUUC